GAAGGGGAGGAGGGAGGUCUCCAAAGUCCCCAGGCAGAAUAAUGAAGGUAAAUGGAUCCCAGAUGGACUGUUUUUCCUCUUUUCUCUGUGUUGUCAAUGACGUGAGGAGAGUGACAAGCCUCUAAUGGGAACCAGACUCACACACUCUGGCUUUGAACUCCACCGACAUCGUCAAGCCGCAGAUUGAGCCUCUCUCCGCCUUGGGACAGUGCAGCUCUCCUCCUAACAACAAUAGCAUUAAGGAAAUCUUCAUCCGUUUGAAGUCCACAAACAACACAGAGUGGCUGUAAGAGCUGACGAAACAAUAUGACUUUGUCAGGCAGACCCGUCUUACUCGAGGCUGUGCAGCUUCUCCAACAGAGAAACAAUAGUCCCUUUGUCAGCUCUGUUUGAGCUGUUGAGUCUGGGAUCAGCCAAACCUUGGUUUCACUUGUCAUGUUAAUGACUUAUUUAGAUUUGAUAAUGUGUCAUCUCCAGGAGACAGCCCAGUUUGGAAAUGCCCAGUUUGAUUUGAAACGACUACAUUGCACUGUCUUCAUGAGCGAACUGAUUAAAUAAGUUAAAGUCUUUCUAUCAGUGACUUGUUAACCUUUGAAUCAACUGAGACGGGCUACGGCUGGUUGUGAAUGAACAAUAUCCUUGUUUUGACAGUGUCCUUCUGUUUGAUUCAUUUAAUAUGUGUACUUCCUCUUGCCACUUGUUAUUUUGUCUGCAGACUCAGGGUUGCUGUUUUAACACCUUGUGAGUUAUUAAAUGUGAAAAAGCUCUUCUCAGUGAUGUCAGUACAGCAAUGUUAACACUGUUACAGUAGGAAUCAUUGCUUUUUGUCAGUUGCUGCAAGUUGAUUGUUGACUGCAGAGUUUGUACACUUUUUAUAGCUUCUAAACAGUGAGUAGAACUAUGUGUUAAAACCCUCUGAGAUUAUAAAAAUCAACACUAUGCCAGUGAUUCUACCCGUCUGCACAAACUCUAGAGUCCGGAUUUCAUAAGUUGAUCAUUGAGACUUGUGUAGGAACUUCCUGUGACUAAAUGACCGUACUCUGUUAUUCAACUAUUGCCUUUUAUGUGACUCAGAAGAAAAAGUUCAGUUUCCUCUCCUUCUAUUCUCUGGGUUGAGCUAUAUAAUUAAGACUUAAAUGUGCACAUAAAAACACACAUGCAAUUUGAAUCGUUUGUUUUGUUUGUCUUUGCAUCCGUGUGUUUCUGACCUCUUUAAUUUGUUAUUAUAAAACAAUGAGUGCAUGUUACAGCCAGGAGAUCACACAAACCUGCAGUAGAACAGACACUACAUGGCAAAACACAGCAGACUUUUCAUUGGAAUCAAUGGGGAAAAGGAAACAUCAUACACACUACACUGACAUUAUCCUUUAAAGAGUGUUGACUUGUAUCAACCUCUAUUGGCAACCAGUAGGAACUGCAACAACACAGACAGCUCUUUCCAGUCCCUUGAAGUGACAGUGGCCCCUGUGAUUGUGUCCCCACAGGUCUGUGGUGAUGCCCAUUGCCCAGGAGUUCUCUCCGGACGUCGUUCUGGUGUCGGCUGGGUUUGAUGCCGCUGAGGGCAACCCUGCUCCUCUGGGAGGGUACAAGGUUUCCGCCAAAUGUUUCAGCUUUCUGACCCGCCAGCUGAUGUCUCUAGCAGGAGGUCGUCUGGUUUUGGCCCUUGAGGGGGGUCACGACCUUACAGCUAUCUGUGACGCAUCUGAAGCCUGUGUCAGUGCACUACUGGGCAUACAGGACCCACUGGCAGAAGAGGUUCUACUCCAGAAGCCCAACGCUAAUGCAGUCCGCUCCCUGCAGACUGUCAUACAGAUACAAAGUCAGUACUGGCAGAGUGUGAAGGCUUACAGUGGAUCAGUGGGUCUGUCCUACCUGGCUGCUCAGAGAAGAGACUGUGAGGAAACAGAUGCUGUCAAUGCUUUGGCCUCACUCUCUGUGGGAGUGCUUUCCAACAAGAGGUAG